AUGUCAACUACAAGCCAACCUCCCACACCGAGCAUUAUCACCGCACCAUGUACCCUUCAGACAUGUCCCCUUGACUGGGCCCUUAUUCGAUACAUUCCAAGUCUACCAGGAAAUGCUUUCUACCUUGCUCUAUUCGUCCCAAUGUUUCUGGCUCAGGUAUUUUGCGGAAUUCGUUAUCGUACCUGGAGUUACCUAGCCGCCAUGUCCGGUGGAAUACUCCUCGAGAUCAUCGGCUACGGAGGACGACUGAUGCUGCACUCCAAUCCAUUCAAUUUUUCCGCCUUCUUACAAUACCUCAUCUGUCUCACCAUCGGACCAGCUUUCAUAACGGCCGCCAUUUACAUAUGUUUCGCGCGAGUGAUCGUCGUCUACGGUGCCAGCAUGUCCAGAAUAAGACCUAAGACUUAUGCGCGAAUCUUCAUAACCUGUGACUUGAUUUGCCUCGUCCUGCAAGCCGCUGGCGGCGCCAUCACAGCCACAGCUGGCCAAGAACAAGACGGACUACGCCAUACAGGCAUCAACAUUAUGAUUGCCGGCUUAGCAAGCCAGGUAGUAGCGCUAGGAUCGUUUAUGAUCCUCUGCGGCGACUAUGUAUGGAGACUGAAGCUCCAUGUCCGGGUGGUUCCUCAACCGGUCGAUGGGGAUUGGAAAUGGAAAGGUUUUCUCAUAGGCUUGGCCAUAGCAACACUUACAAUAUUCAUACGGUCAAUCUUUCGCGUCGCGGAGCUAAAUGGUGGGUUUAGUAGCGACCUGGCGAAUGACGAAGUGGCAUUCAUGAUUCUCGAAGGGGCGAUGAUGGUUAUUGCUUGUGCGUGCAUGAGUGUGUUUCAUCCGGGAUACUCUCUCGUUGGGGACUGGAAGGAGCUCGUUUCGCCUUCGGCCAAAUCAAGAGAGUGCGAUGACCUGGUGCUGACUGCCAUAUCAAACUCGGGCAAGCCUUAG